AUGGCACCAGGACCUGAUAAAAAAGGUAAGGCUUUGUGGAACCUAGAGACAGAGAGAUAAAGUGUUUUAGCCUAGAUUACACUCUGUUUACGUUUAGUAUGGUGUUGCACACUAUCUUAUAAUAAAUAUAACUCUAUGUCACUAGUUUAUGUAAAUUUCUUCACGCCUUGUUUUAGAUAAGGACAAAAAACCGGAGAAAGCCAAAGCCAAAACGCCAAAGGAUAAAGAAUGCAAGACCAAGGCCAAGUCGCCAGCGGGAAAGCCUCAUCCUGCCAAGCUAGUCGCUCCAGCCAAGCCCUACGAACAAAGUGUCUACGGAGAAGUGGAGUACUCGAUCAAGACCAUUCCAACUGAAGUCAACGUAGGUCUUUCACUUCCUUUAUUUUGUUAAAGGGUAACGAAACGUUAAACUUUGGCGUUCUGUGGCAAAAGUCAAGCAAUUUUGAUCUUCAGUUUUUCGCAAAAAAAGCCUUGACUGCGACUUUUUUUUUUCUUACUAAUUUUUUUAAUUUAUAAUUUUAGUUUGGGCCAAAGCAAUGCUGGAUCACUCUGCACAUUAUCAACACGUGUACCACCAAACUCUGCUUCCGUGUCCUUCCCCCUAACCAAGAGUUAUUCCGUAUCACCCCCUUAAGCGGGUUUGUUCUGGCUGGUCAGAAGACUUACGUUAGCAUUAAUCGACUGGUAAGUCUUAUUUUUUUAAAAUUUUAAUUAAUAAAAUAAUUUUUUUAAUUUUAAGUUGCAAGAACUUUUAUCAUUUUUUUGAUAAAUAAAAGAUGAACCUGAGUUUUCAGAAAUCCGUGACUCACAACGAUCAACUUCACAUCGAGUACGGUCCGGACACUGGAGUGCAACAAGCUGCCAUUCUGUUUGACGAUAAACUGGUCGAUUCCGAGAGACUGACCGUCUCUGUCUUCUCUAUAGGAGAGGACAAUCCAGAAGAGAAGAAAGUACGAUCAGCUAUUCUUUCGAUAACAUCUCCAAUUGUUUAUAUAGUCUUGUUGUUGGCUUUUCUUACUGUUAUCUUCUCUUAUUGUCACCUAUUCUCAUGUUAUCUACUUUUGUUAUCAGUUGUAACUGUUUUCUUUUCAGUGA